AUGGUUGCUCUCGGGAUCGCCAUCCAUUUGUACCGACCGUCGUCGACGCUGCGUCACCAGGACGUCCAGGAAACCGCCUUGCGCGCUGCGCUGGCGCGCCCGCCGGCCACGACCCUUGUCAACAGCACGCAGCUCGUCGACGGCGCGCUCGUAUCGAAAUACGAGACGAACCUCGUGCAUGUGGAUCCGCAGUUCUUUCUCGAGCCCCUGGCGUGCGCGUAUGACCCGCGCCCGAGCAGCGAGCGGGUGCCUGUCGCGCCGCUCAUGCAGCUGCCAAUCGGGACGCUGGCGGCCAAUGCGUCCGUGUUUGUCAUGCUCAACGGCGAGAACGAUGGCCUCUUUCUGCCGUGGCACGGCGACAGCACCUGUCUCCAUACGAUCGCCAUGCAAGCUGCGCGAGCGCUCGGUGCUCACCCGUCUCGCAUCGCAAACGGCGUCCGCCUCGUGUCCCAGUACAGUCUGCCGAUCACAUCAGCAGACGACCUCGAGGUCGCCAACCGCAUCGUACACGUCCUCCUCGACUUUCAGCUCCUCUCGCCCAAGGUGUUUGGCGUCGAGGGCUUUUUCACACAUGCCGAGGCGAAUGCGAUCAUUGCAGAAGGCACGCCGGGGUUGCAGCGGUCGGUGGUCGGUGCGGGCCUCCCGAGCCCGUCGUUUGCCGAGCGGCUCCAACUCGUGCGCUACAAGAGCGGCGAAUACUACCGAAAGCACCUCGACACGAUGAGCUCCAAAAACAUUCUGCCGCCGCACGCCAACGACAAGGACUUUGACGACUAUCUCGCGCGGGCAAAGAUUCCAACCAGGCGACGCGCUGAACCCGCGGCCGCGCGAUUCAAGCGAUUCCCAAAUGCGCUGCUGCAGCUGUUUUUGGACUCACAGCCGCACUUUUUCACGAGCCGCCAGGACGUGGCGUCGGGCGUCGGCGGCACGAUGCGGCUCGUCCUCAAGCAGCGUCCGACCUAUUUGCCAUCGAUCAUCCAGGCGUGGGAAGCCGCCGCGAACCGCAUACGACUGCGGUAUGCGUUUCCAACGACGUUCUCGACUGCGCGCGGCGCCGGCAUGAGUCACUUUUUACGUUGGAUCCGCUGGGUCAAGGAAAAGGUGUCGAUCCUCGGUGUCGAUGCGGUGCCCGCCAGCGUCGCGCCCGCGGGGUCGUUGUACCCCAAGUUUGACGACAGGUUUCAGUUCCAACUGCUCUCACUGUUGGAAGCCCAUGCAUCGCCCGAUGCGCUGCGGACGAUGUUGACGCCAACGUGGUUUGAUUUCUUUCAAACGUACAAGACGCGGCGCGACUGCCUCCACCUCUUGCUUCAAAACGUCCCUGGGCUCGUACGCCACCUUAUUGCGGCGUGGGAAGCGGCUGUCGACGAUACCCGGUUUCACUAUACGCUGCCGUCGUACGUCAAACACACGAGUCCCAACCGGUUUGCGACGCUCUUCGUGUACCUCAACGACGUGGCGGGGGGCGGCACGACCGCGUUUCCGCAUGCAGCUGUCCCCAGCACCCUCUCGCCAACGACAAGUGCGACCAAUAACGAGUGCAACCAAGGGCUGAGCGUGGUCGCAAAAGGCCUGAGCGCUGCAUUCUUUUACGUCAUGACGCCCGACAUGGACAUUGAUCCGCUGAGCGAGCACGGGGGUGCCCCCCGAUUGGAAACCAGUCAAUAA